AUGGCCAUCGUCUCAAAUUGCGAGCUCAAGAAAAUAUUCGUGGACGGCGGAAGCUCUGCCGACAUCUUGUACCUGAGCAUGCUAAAGAAGUUGAUGGAGCCGCAAGGAGGAUACAAGAAUGGUUCCUUGCAACCGUCGCUUUACCUCCUAACUGGUUUCAUCCCUGGCAAGUCCAUCCAGCCGCUCGGCCAAAUUGAGCUCCUCACGACCUUCGGGGAUGCCACUAAUCAUCGGACUGAGCUCGUACGCUUCGACGUGGUGGACAUGGAGGCCUCCUUCAACGCCAUCCUCGGCAGGACGACCUUGAACCGCCUUUGUGCUGCCGUCCACCACAACUUCCUAUGCAUGAAGAUCCCGGGCCCAAAAGGCGUGAUCACGGUCCGUGGUGAACAAUCCUCCGAUAAGAAGACGCUAUAUCGCCAUGAGACUAAGUGCGUCGAGAAGGGAGAGGCGUCCGGAAGUAUCCACAUGCUCUUGGGAAUGUGGGAGUCCAAGCCCGAUCACCCGAAACGCUACAUCCCUAAGCCUCUUCCCGAGGGAGAGCUUAAGGAGAUACGCGUCUCCGACAACGACGCCAAGCGCAUCGCGAAGAUCGGAGCCAACCUCUCGAUCGAACUCGAGAAGAAGCUCAUCGACCUGCUCCGGGAGAACUCUGACCUCUUCUUAUUGGUAUGA